AAGCCUGCUUAUUUGACUUCAUCCUCUCUGCUUUCCAGGGUGCCCGAGAAACCUUUGAGAACUACUACAGGAAACAGAGAAGAAAACAAGCCCGGCUGGUGCUGCAGCCUCCUUCCAACAUGCAUGAAACUUUGGACGGCUACAGGAAGUACUUCAAUCAAAUUGUAGGGUUUUUUGUAGUCGAAGAUCACAUCUUGCAUACAACGCAGGGCUUGGUAAAUAGAGCCUAUAUUGAUGAGCUGUGGGAGAUGGCGUUAUCAAAAACCAUUGCAGCACUGAGGACACACUCAUCGUAUUGCUCGGACCCAAGCCUGGUGUUGGACUUGAAGAACCUCAUCGUCCUCUUUGCAGAUACACUUCAGGGAUAUGGCUUCCCAGUGAACCAGCUCUUCGACAUGCUGUUGGAGAUCCAAGACCAAUACAGUGAAACGCUGCUGAAGAAAUGGUCAGGAGUUUUCAGAAAUAUACUUGAUUCAGAUAACUACAGUCCCAUCCCAGUGACAAAUGAAGAGAUUUAUAAGAAAAUAGUUGGACAGUUCCCAUUCCAGGAUGCAGAACUUGAAAAGCAACCGUUUCCAAAGAAGUUUCCCUUUUCUGAGUUUGUGCCUAAAGUUUACAAUCAGAUUAAGGAAUUCAUCUACGCCUGUCUGAAGUUUUCAGAAGACCUUCAUUUGAGGUAGGGGAUGAUUGUGUUCCU